UCCGGCCCUGUCACCGUGUCGCAAUGUUAUGUGCGUUUUAUUUGGUAGUAUAAUUCGACUGCCUCCGCAUUAAUAAUACCUCACUGGUCGUUAGUAUUUCAUUUAUUAAUGGCGUGUCCUUAUCAUCAGUCAGCCGAGCUAAAUCCAGCCCUCCUGGCUGUAGAUUGGCUCCUAGGCAGUUGGGAGUCAGAUGAACCGGGGGAGGGCUCUUUUCCCACCAUCAGUCCUUUUCGUUACACAGAGACCCUGCACUUCUCCCAUGUUGGACAACCUGUCAUCAACUUCAUGUUUAAUGCUUUCCAUGCUAAGAGUAAGAAGCCACUGCACAGGGAGUGUGGUUUCAUCAGACUGCAACCAGGUACCAACAGAGUGGCGUUCAUCAUUGCACAGAACUCAGGUCUGGUGGAGAUUGAGGAAGGAGAGCUAACAGGACAACAGUUGAGCUUGCACACCCAUGCUUUGGCCAGAACGUCCUUCGCCAAGGAGCCACAUGUGAAGCAGAUUUCUAGAAUGUUCCAGCUUCGACCAGACGGGAAGCUGGAGCAGACGGUUUCCAUGGCAACAGAUGACCACCCCCUGAUGCAGCACUUGAACAUCACCUACCGUCGGUUAUGUUGACCCAGCUAAAAAGAUAGCCCUAAGACAAAAGCAGAGAUUAAUAUGACUACUUAAGCUUUGUGUCCAUGUAUGUAGUUGAGGGUAAACUCUCCUAAACUUUAUGCUUUUGAUUUCAGGAACAGACCUUGUCCAUCUCUUAGCCAUGAAAGAAUGUCGACAUGAAUUCAUCCUACGUCAUGAUAGGUUUAUCAAACUGAUGUAGGCUAUAUGAUUUCAUGGUCUUUAAAGGAAAUGUUUACAUCUUUGUUCAUAUUGAUGGUUGUCUGUCUUAUAUUGAACGUCAAAAUUAACUUGCCUUUUUGGUUGCCACUACAGCAUAGUUCAUACUCAAAUAUUAAAAUCUAAUCUUUUGAAAUAUAAAAAAAAUAGAGUUGGUGUCAGGCAACAGGAUGUAGAACGUUACAUGAGUAUCUUUCAGGGACUUUUGAGGCUCUGCACUGAGCCGGAUGUAGAAAGACAACUGCUUUCAGAGUUGACAUUAUCACCUAUCACACAGCUAAGCCUGCAAUUGCUCAGUGGAUUAUAUGUUUAUAUGUCACACUUUUGGAUGGGAUGUCCCAGUCAAGCUCAGAAGUCUAGUUGUUGCCGUUAUAUUUUUGAAUUGUUACUCAUAAUGACCCUUGCUGUUUUGGUCAUUGAAUCUGUAAUGCACUGGAUUAGUUUUUGUUCAUAUUGAAAGGGUCUGUAUUCUUGGACUUGUAGUUUAAACCUUGUGAACUAAGGUGGUCAUCAUCAUGCCUUCAUUUCCUCAGACCUUAAUGCACCUUUGUGCACGGUGGGACUGCAGCAUGUAUUUAUGAUAAGGAUAAAAUAAACGUAUCCCCAU